AUGACCGAUCAAGAAGGAGAAUCUAAGCGUUUCGCACCCAAAGUAGCAGUCCAGCUGGACCCGCCCAAGGACGACCCCAUUUCCAUCGAGGAACUGGCCAAAUGCGACGGUUCCGACCCUAACCGCCCGACUCUGGUCGCCAUUAAGGGUGUUGUCUUUGAUGUAAGCCGGAAUUCGGCUUAUGGUGCCUCGGGUUCAUAUCGCGUCUUCGCUGGCAAGGACGCCUCCCGUGCUCUUGCCCUAUCUUCUCUCAAGCCCGAAGACUGUGUACCUGAGUGGUACGACCUGCCGGACAAGGACAAGACCGUCUUGGAUGAGUGGUACACUUUCUUCAGCAAGCGGUAUAACAUUGUUGGCAAAGUUGAAGGCGCCAAGAAUACUUAA